AUGUGGGUCACUUGGGUCACUGUGGGUCAAUGUCGCAGUGUGGUGGCCCUGUGUGACCCUUGUACUAGAGAAUUAAUUGAUGAGCUACAGAACUACACCAUCGUUCAGGUGGCAGCCGGAGACCAGCACUCUCUUGCUCUCACCUCCUGGGGCCUGAUCUACGCACGGGGUGACAAUGGGUACGGUCAGCUUGGCGUCAACUCCUGCGACAGUCACACCGCCACACGCAAGCUUGUCAAGAGUCUGGCCAGGAAGGUGACAGUGCAGCUGGCCUGUGGUGCCAACCACACCCUUGCCUUGACUGCUGGUGGGUGUCUGUAUUUGGCACUUAGACACCGACAGGGGCCCCAGAAGGACCCUGCCCUGGUGACCUCCUUGGCUGGCACCCUCUUAGUCCUGCUGGCCGCUGCGGGUCACCACUCUGCUGCCGUGACCCAGGCCGGCUACCUGCUGUUGUGGGGGUCAAACAAGCAGGGUCAACUGGGCUAUACUCCCAAGGGUGAUCCUCUUGUUAGGUACACAGAGACAGUGUUUGCCUCAGUGUGCGCUUGGAACAGCUCCCUCACGCUUGCUGGCUUGCACAAACACACACACGGGCUGGACUACCGUUUGGCUGAGGACUGUGUGGCUCAGAUUGGCCGGAUUGCAAGGGAGACCAUUCAGGAAGUGGCGAGCCAGGACGCCUUACGCUGUUAUGUUCUUCCCCUGUACAAGGACUUCACUGACCCUAAACAAACGGCCAAACUCCAAACGCCGUAUGCUGAGGGAGUGUUGAAGCUUGACAAGGAGAUGGCGGAGGUGUUCACCGGCUGCCGAGUGGGGCGGUUGAACUACGACGACUUUUACAUCCCAGAAAUUGCUAGAGAAAAUUGA